UUUGACAGUUAUUCUCCAACAUUUGAACUGUAGACAAGAUGAAGCCACAAACUCUGUGUUUAUACGUCCUCAUAGUGGCAUUUCUUCUUGCCACUGAAAUGCCAAGAGUUCAUGGAAUCGGAAUAGUUUUAACUUACCAGUUGUUACGCCUUGCUGCAAAAGAACUACAUCAUCUGAUAAAAGGUGCAGGUACUGGUACUAACGAUAUUCCGUUGGAUCACCCACCAAUGCAGCAAGCAGUGACUAUUAUCCUUAACAACCCAAAAUUGAUAGAGGAAGAUGGAAGCGAAAGCGAUAAUAGUCAAUCGCUUAUGAAUAUAGAUACUUCGCAGAAAACAGAUGAUAUCGGUGAAGAUAAGGAGACGGCAUCAGAAAGACUUGAAUUAAUAAAAAAGAUACGAAAAUGGAUAAGGGCUUUUAGAGGGUAUUCUAGUCCCAUACAUAGAACUUAAAGGAAUGCAGGUUCAAAAAGUUUAUUCAAAUGUAGUCUACUAUUGGUAUUAUACAAAUUUCUAAUUACAUUGUUUUACUUCAUACAAGUAUUGCUAGUCUAAAGAAAGUGUAAGAGAAGAGUAAAUAAAA